AUGUCUGGCACCUCAGUAGAUGGUAUCGAUGCAGCCGUUGUUGAAAUUACGGGGCACGGUCUGGAAACGACAGUGAACUUGAUCGCUUUUGAGACUUUUCCCUUUCCACCGGAUGUGCCACAACGCAUCCUCGCUCUCUGCCAUCCGGAUACGAGCCGCGUUGACGAGAUUUGUGAGAUGAAUUUUUACAUCGGAUACCUCUUUGCGGAGGCUGUCAAACAUAUCCUACAAAAAAACGGAAUUCCUACCAGCGACAUUGACCUCAUCGGCUCACACGGUCAGACGAUUCACCACUACCCCCGUCUCAACGAACCGCAAGGUAAAAUUAAAAUUCCAUCGACACUGCAGAUCGGUGAACCUGCGGUCAUUGCACACGAAACCGGCAUCCCCACUAUCGCUGACUUUCGGGUGGCAGAUAUGGCGGCAGGCGGGCAAGGGGCACCGUUAGUAGCAUAUCCAGACUAUCUGCUGUUCCAUGACAGUGUUAAAACAAUGGGACUUCUGAACAUCGGAGGGAUCGCGAACAUUACAGUGCUUCCUGCAAACGGAUCGUUCGAUUCGGUUUCCGCAGCAGACACAGGACCGGGAAAUAUGUGUAUUGAUGCAGUCGUGAGCGAGAUAACUGAUGGAAGAGAGCGGUAUGACCAAGCAGGGCAGCGCGCCGCGCAGGGUACGCCUCACCAACCUCUCAUUGACGAAUGGUUAAAUCACCCUUUUUUUCAACUGACACCACCGAAGACGACUGGACGCGAGAUGUUCGGACACACCUUGGCAAUGGAAUGUCUGGCAGCAUGCCGUAAACACAGUCUCUCGGAUAACGACUCUAUUGCAACGUUGACCGAAUUGACAGUCCAGACGAUUGCCCUUUACAUCUCACAGUUUGUGCCUGAGAAGAACCCAAUAGACACACUCUAUGUGAGCGGCGGCGGGGUACACAAUCAAACAGUAAUGCAACGGCUCAACGAAGCAUUAGUAGGUACAGCAGUUGAACCUGUGGACAACUCAGGUAUCUCGGCGGAUGCAAAAGAGGCGAUCGCAUUCGCAAUCCUUGCGAAUGAAUCACUUCAUGGACAAGCCGGGAACCUGCCUUCCGCCACAGGCGCGUCUAUGCGAAAAAUUUUGGGCAAGUUCGUGUGUCCAUAA